AUGACUUCUUUACGAGACUCUGACAAGGGUUCAAAAGAUGAGACAGACCAACGGUACGAGUUCCGUAUCUACUCGGUGACUCAUGAAAAUCAGUGGACGGAAAAUUGUGCUGGGAUCAUCGGUACUCAAACUGAUUCGAGCCUUAACGAUGAUGAAACCUUCAUGGACCUCGACGGGUUUGCGACCGCGCCUACGACCAACAACACGAGAAAUAUUUCCGUCAUUGACAUCCCCCAACUCUAUCAAACUCUGCAUCAGGUUGGCUUAGAGUAUGGACCAUGCUUUUCAAAUUUGACAUGUGUUCAUACAACUCAGCAUGGAGUCUGCUUUGCUGAAGUCAUCAUUCCUGAUACUCGAGCUGUCAUGCCAAUGAACUUUGAGAACCCAGCCAUAAUUCACCCGUGUACCCUUGACAGCAUAUUUCAUACCAUAUUUGCUGCGUUGCCCGAGAACAUGGACCUUGAGGCCGGUUCCCUUAUUCCAGUCUCAUUCGAGACGGUAAAGGUUUCUCGUCGAAUUCAGAGAUCAGCUGGGCAAAUGCUCAGUAUAUGCACGCACGUUCAACCUGGGGUGAAAAAUACCCUCUUGGCCUCAAUAAUCGCAACAGAUAAUUUUGACGGGUUGAGCAGCAUGAAACCAAAACUAGCCAUUCAUGGGCUUCGUUGUGCCCGCCUACAAGGAUCCUCAAAGCAUAUCGGUAACAAUAAAGAUAUCCCCAUCGCGUACGGCAUCGAGUGGCAGGCAGACCCAGGCUUUAUUACCAGAGACAAUGCAGCAUUUCUGAUCCAGCGGCAAGAUAUAGUUCCAAGCCAGUCGCAUCCCUUACAAGCAUCAUGUGAGAGGUAUACAGCUGGCAUUAUCAAAGACGCAAUCGCAAACUUAUCCGGCGAGAGUAAAGAGACACUUGACCCUAUGUACCCCAGAUACCGAGCUGAUCUCGUGGCUCUUCUUCACGCACAUGAUAAGAGCCGUCAAAUUCAUCCAUCCAACGGGUUUGAGUCGCUGCAAAAGGAGGAGAUGGGUGUUUCGAGCCAUGUAAAAGCCUUGCUUCGCGUUAUUUCUUCCCAUCUCUCUUCGUUGCCCCCACAAAACCUGGAGGGCUUCAAGGAAACUCAGAGAGAAUUAUGGAACGCAUACCAAGAGCUCAUUACCGAGGAUCUGGCAUAUACUACGGCGGCAAAGUACGUUGGCCUUGUUGGCAACAAAAAGCCCGACAUCUCGGUUCUGGAAAUCAGCGAUGGAGGAGACCGACCACAUACCUUGUUCUUGGAAGAAUUGGCUCCACGCCCCGGUGGUGAUAAGGACAGAGUGCCCCACUGUGCAAAAUAUACAUUUGCGCUCAGAGACGAGAACCAAAGCGAUCAAGCGAGAGCACAUCUCAGUCGUUGGGAGGACAUGGUGAGCCUUGAGAACCUAGAUCAAAACCCCGACCUUUCUGAGCGGGAACUGAGCCAAAAUGUCUACGAUGUCAUUAUUGCCCCGAACUUCUUCUACUCGAGGCAAUACGUCAAGAAGGAACUUCUCAAAAUUAGGUCAAUCUUGAAGCCAUCCGGCUAUUUGAUCCUACCUGGUACCCUCCAGCCGAAGAGAAGCCUGUUGGAUGCUCUUUUGGUUACUACUUUCUAUCAUUGGCCGCAUGAAUCGACCAAGUCCUUCAUUCAAAGUGAAAAUAUGAAGGGAGAGACUCUCCUUGAAGCCGGUUUCAAAGCAGAGGACAUUUUGGAAGAGGGCUUGAUUGUUUGCCGCUUACAGGAUGAACCGAAACCAUCCGACAAAAAGAUACUGGUUAUCUGUGGAGAUAAUGAUGAGACUUCGCUAAAAUUCUCCGAAGCGCUGAUUCAAAGAUUGCCGGGCGAGACGGCUAUGUCAAACAUGACGGAAGCGAAUACACACGGUUGUAUCUGUAUCGUUAUCAGGGACCUGAACAAGAGCUCAUUUCAAAACCCCAAUGCCAGUGAAUUGCAAAAAUUAAAGGACAUUUUCUUGCAAAGUGGUGGGGUACUGUGGGUGACCAGAGGUGGGACGAUACAUGCUACAGACCCCAAGGGUGGGCUUGCAGUUGGCUUCGCAAGAACAGCUCGCUCAGAAUCAGGUGGUCAACCAAUUAUUACACUUGAUCUAGAUCCGCAUACUCCAAUACUAGAUGACUCCAGGGUGAACAUCAUUCUCGAUAUUAUGAAGACUCAUUUCUUCCGAGAAAGUCCGCCAGAAAGCGACACCGAAUAUGCGGAGCGAGAUGGAGUUGUCCUGCUUCCUCGGGUGGUAGUUCAAGGUGACUUGAAUCGCAACAUGAAGAUGAUGAACAAGGCACGGGAAUUUUCCCAAGAACAAUUUCAGCACCCAGACAACGUCCUCUCAUUGCGCAGGACUGAAGUUGGACAGGACAAAGUUUGCUUUACGGCUAGCAGGCAGAGCACGGAGAUUCAUGAGGGUCACAUCGGCAUCAAGGUUUUUGCUUUCGCCUUGAGUGAAUUCGAUACAAUGAGUGGCAAAGAAUCGUCUGAUAUCUUUGAUACCAUUGGCUUCGGAUGUAGUGGAAAAGUAUGCGAAGUCGGGCUUAAUGUGCACGAAUUCUCGGUGGGAGAUCGCGUGGCUUGUCUGGGGACGGGCACGGCACGAAAUUACUACUACAACCAGGCCUCAGCUUUCCAAAGGAUUAAAGAUGAUACCCCAUAUGAUCUUGCCGCGGCAUUGCCUCUCGCAUAUACCGCGGCAUACUGGACUGUUUAUGAGGUAGCCAGAAUCAGGCCUGGUGAUACAGUCGUCAUACAAGAUGCAGCAAAUUGGUACGGACUAGCGUUGACUGAGAUCUGCAUGCUAAACGAGUGUGAAGUCUUCGCAACUGUCUCCACCGACGCUCAGAAGGAUAUCAUCUCAGAGAAAUUCCAAAUUCCUUUAUGGCAGGUCUUCGUGGACGGGAAGGACAACAUAGCACGGCGUCUUCUCGAGUCCACGCAUGGCAGGCUUCCCGGGACCGUGUUAACAUUUGCUGAGCCUGGGAGCAAGAUUUUCAAGACUCUAUGCAAAAUUACUGCGCCAUUCGGCCAUGUAAUUCACCUUCGGACCAAGGCACCGGAUCGUUCAACUGGACAUACAUUACAAUUAGAUUUGAAGAACAUCUCCUUCUCAACAUUCGAUAUCUUCGAUUUCCAACCGAACAAAAAUGUCAUAACCAUCAAGAACUGGCCAAAGGUUAUCUCUCUUUUCAACCAAGAUAAAUUGCGCGGGCCAUCUUCCUAUUCUGUGCACAGAGUGACAGACGUGGCCAAUGCUUUAAAGGCUAUCUCUUCGACCAAUUGUGCUGUGAUCGUCACAGAAAGCGAUGAUUUUGUACAGGUUGCUACGGCGAACAUCCCAAAGUCUCUUUUCCGAGAUGACGCAUCGUACCUUGUGGUGGGCGGACUCGGAGGAAUUGGACGCGAGAUUAUUUCUUGGAUGGUAGAGCAUGGGGCCAGAUACUUGAUUCUUGUCAAUCGCAGGGGCUGGGCUACAGAUACGGCUCGAUCUACCGUACGGCUGCUUCGUGACAAGGAUGUUGAAGUGGCUGUGCGUGGGUGCGAUAUAUCCGAUGAACGGGCAUUUGGCGAGAUGUAUAACGAAAUAUCGAAAGAUAUGCCACCUAUCAGAGGCGCCAUCCAGGCUGCUAUGAUACUCCAGGAUGUCCAUAUCGAGAAGAUGACUGUGGAAGCCUGGAAUACAGUUCUACGUCCCAAAUACGCUGGUACCUUGAACCUGCAUAAUUACUUGCCCCGAGAUCUAGACUUCUUCGUGAUGUUGUCGUCCAUCAGUGGUGUGAUCGGGAAUGCCACCCAAUCCGCCUACGCGGCUGGAUCCGCAUUCAUGGACUUUUUUGCAGCAUACCGAAACACUCUAGGCUUGCCCGCGGUGUCGCUGGACCUGGGUACCGUUACAAGUGUCGGCUACCUGGCGGAAAAUAAAGAGCUGGCAGCGAAAAUGGCGAAACAAGGAUUCCAGAGCACAGACAUCAAAACAGUGCUGUCCCUCGUCCAGCUUGCCAUUCUUGAACCACCCACUGGCUCUCAUUCGCAGAUUGUGACUGGUCUUGGAGAAUGGAAACCAGGGAAGUCACUGUCUAAUUUUGAAGCGCCUUUUUUUUCUCAUUUCAGGAGAAGAUUCCAAUUUAAUGGCCCGCACGAAGAGAAGUUUGACUAUUCUGAGACACUACGGGAGACUCUGAGAGCCGCAAACUCUCGGGAUGAGGCCAUGCUGGUUGUUCUCGAGGCAUUGUCUGGGAAAAUUGCUUCACAGCUCAACAUACCUAUAGACAAACUAAGCCCAGAGAGUCUAUUAUCAGAAUUUGGUAUUGAUUCAACCAACGCCGUUGAGCUACGAAAUUGGAUAUCUAAAACGAUGGAGAGCGUCGUCCCUAUCCUUGAGAUACUCGCGAGUGGCUCGAUUGUUCAGUUGGCCGGCCAAAUCACGAGUCGAUCGCAGUUGCUGAAUUGUCAAUGACGAGGUGCCGUAGACAGAAGAGAAAAACAAAGAACGGGCAAGAUGGACAGAGAAAGAUGUAUGUGCCAAGUGGAUUUUUUGAGUCGGUGAUAAAACCACUGGCCGUUCUGGUGAUUUGAAUGCAUCUGCUGUGCAACAUACUUUGAAAAUCGGGGGAUCUAGAACUGGAAACCCUUAUUCUAGAAAUAAGAGAAAAGAAAUAUAGACGGUAGAUCUGAAAGGGACAUUAACGCUGUCUCGACUUGAGGCUUUUCACGACCAGAAUAAUGGCAUCAACAUGAUUUCCCGAGACUCGG